AUCAUGACUUCUGUGUAUGGGCAUAAAAACAUAGAGGCGUCAUGGAUGAUCGUAUUCGCUUUUACUUUGAUCAGGGACUUACUCAAACUGAAAUAGCUCUGUGUCUAUCAGUGAUUGACAAUUUACACAUAAGUGUUCGACACUUGAGAAGGAGGCUGUCGGGUCUGCAACUUUAUCGUCGAAGACAAUAUAGCGACCCUGAAAGUGUAGUCAAUUUCAUUGCCAGUCAGCUGGAGGGACCGGGACGUCUGCAUGGCUACCGAAUGAUGCAUGAAAGAUGCCGUUUGAAUGGUUUGCGGCUGACCACAGCAAUGGUUAGAGAGAUACAGAUAAGUCUGGAUCCAUCAGGUGUGGAGGAAAGAAGAGGAAGGAGGUUGCGUAGGCGACAUUAUGGAGUGCCAGGACCUAACUAUCUAUGGCACAUGGACUCUUACGACAAACUGAAGCCGUAUGGCAUAGCAGUUAACGGCUGCAUUGAUGGUUUUUCGCGGCACAUCAUCUGGAUGCAAGCCUACUUCACAAAUAACAAUCCUAGAGUAAUUGCUGGGUAUUAUUUCCGCGCUGUUGCUGAAAGAAGGGGUUGCCCUAAAAUAAUCCGAUCCGAUUUUGGUACAGAAAAUGUCCACGUCAACAGGCUACAAGAGUUUCUUCGUGAAGACUCGACUGGAACUGUGCAUGGACCGUGUGUCUUUCAAGGAACAAGCCAAGCAAACCAGAGAAUAGAAAGUUGGUGGGGUAUCUACAGACGACAAAACGCAGAUUACUGGAUGGAUAUGUUCAAAGAACUACAGUCAGCUGGUGAUUUCACAGGCGAUGCAACUGACAAAGGCCUUAUACAGUUCUGUUUUCUAUCCAUAAUUCAGGACGAACUGGACACUGUUGUAAACAUGUGGAAUAACCACCGAAUCCGACGCAGCAAUGGUCGUGACUUACAACAUGGGAAACCAUUCCUCAUGUACAACUUACCAGAACUCUAUCAAACAAAAGACUAUUUGGAUCCUGUAGAUGCUGAAAGAUUGGAUGUGAUUAUCCAUGAAAAUGUCUGCCUGUGGAAAUCAGACAUACCCUGUGAUCGUGACCUCCAUGACCUCUGUGUUCUUGUUAUGGAGGAGAAUAAUCUACAGCCAAUUGCAGCAGCCACAGAGGCAUUGAGACUCUACAAAAACAUCCGGCCUCUGGUUAGGGAACUUUUAGGUUUAUAGAUAACAUCCCAUAAUCAUAAAAAUGCACAACAUUUUUUUUGUGUGUAAAUAUAAGAAUGUCUUUUUUUUCUAGGUUGCAGGUUCUAUAUGUGUGUGUGUGUGUGUGUGUGUUUGUUCUUAACUAUGUUUAUUGAAAAAAAUGUAACAAUGGAAAAAGCAGCAAAGUAUGAGUCAAAGAACUUUGUUUUAAUAUGAAAGCAACAAUGUGGUUUAUCUGUACUACACAAAAAUAAAUCAGCUGAUGCAAAUAAAGCAUUUCAAGUGAAAAUGUACUAUUUCAACAACAGAUUUUUUAGAUUAACUAUUGGAUAUAUAGUAUACAUUGAAAACGGCAUAGGUAUGGAACAAAUACCUGAUGGGAUGACAUAAAACUGCCCCAUCCAACCACUAAACUUCUGUUAGUAAUAGUGAAAUUGGAAAACCCAUAAACAACAAUACUAUUCCAGUCACAAUAGUUUUUACAAUAAUUCCUUUUUUUCAACUUUGUGAACUGUAUGUAAUGUGUAACAUGACAUAACUUUAAAUUUCUAAUGAUAAUAUAGUACACUUGUUCACAAAAAUAUAUGAAUCAGUUGCUGCAAAUAACACGAUUCAAAUGCAAAUUUACUGCUUGCACUGCAACAACAUAUUACUUAGAUUUACUGCUUUAUGUAUAAAUGGAA